AUGGCCUCAUCAGCAGACCAAGCUCCUUCAGCUUCAUCAGCAGAGAACAAAGUUGCUGAUGUGCGGACAGAGUUUGUGAAGAGGGUGACAGAAGAAAGCCUUAAACAGCUCCUUGAGGCUCUUGAAAGAGAUGAAGUCUUGAAUGAUUUGGAGAAAGAAGCGAUACUGGAGGAGAACCAAACCAGAGCAGAUAAGGCACGUUGCUUCAUUGACACAGUAAAGAAAAAAGGAGACAGAGCCUGCAGGAUGAUGAUCAGACAUCUUCAAAGAACAAAUCCUGCACUUUCCAUUCAGCUGCGUUUGUCCUCUGGAUCAUCUGCUCAGUUAGAGGUUCUUGACGAGUGUAAGCCAAAACUUCAAUCUACUCUGAAGAAAAAGUUUCUCUGUAUGUUUGAGGGGAUUGCAAAAGCAGGUAUCCAAACCUACUUGAAUGAGAUCUACACAGAGCUCUACAUCACAGAGGGAGGGACUGCAGAGGUCAAUGAUGAACAUGAGGUCAGACAGAUUGAAACAGCAUCCAGGAAACUAGACAGACCAGAAACAACAAUCAUACAAGAAGACAUCUUUAAAGGCUCACCUGGAAGAGAUGAACCAAUCAGAACAGUGCUGACAAAGGGAGUGGCUGGCAUUGGGAAAACAGUCUUAACACAGAAGUUCACUCUGGACUGGGCUGAAGACAAAGCCAACCAGGACAUCCAGUUCAUGUUUCCAUUCACUUUCAGAGAGCUGAAUGUGCUGAAAGAUGAAAAGUUCAGCUUGGUGGAACUUGUUCAUCACUUCUUUACUGAAACCAAAGAAGCAGGAAUCUGCAGCUUUGAAGACUUCCAGGUUGUGUUCAUCUUUGAUGGUCUGGAUGAGUGUCGACUUCCUCUGGACUUCCACAACACUGAGAUCCUGACUGAUGUUACAGAGUCCACCUCAGUGGAUGUGCUGCUGACAAACCUCAUCAGGGGGAAACUGUUUCCUUCUGCUCACCUCUGGAUAACCACACGACCUGCAGCAGCCAAUCAGAUCCCAGCUCAGUGUCUUGGCAGGGUGACAGAGGUCAGAGGGUUCACUGACCCACAGAAGGAGGAGUACUUCAGGAAGAGAUUCAGAGAUGAGGAACAGGCCAGCAGGAUCAUCUCCCACAUCAAGACAUCACGAAGCCUCCACAUCAUGUGCCACAUCCCAGUCUUCUGCUGGAUCACUGCUACAGUUCUGGAGGAUGUGCUGAAAACCAGAGAGAGAGGAGAGCUGCCCAAGACCCUGACUGAGAUGUACAUCCACUUCCUGGUGGUUCAGGCCAAAGUGAAGAAGGUCAAGUAUGAUGGAGGAGCUGAGACAGAUCCACACUGGAGUCCAGAGAGCAGGAAGAUGAUUGAGUCUCUGGGAAAACUGGCUUUUGAUCAGCUGCAGAAAGGAAACCUGAUCUUCUAUGAAUCAGACCUGACAGAGUGUGGCAUCGAUAUCAGAGCAGCCUCAGUGUACUCAGGAGUGUUCACACAGAUCUUUAAAGAGGAGAGAGGGCUGUACCAGGACAAGGUGUUCUGCUUCAUCCAUCUGAGUGUUCAGGAGUUUCUGGCUGCUCUUCAUGUCCAUCUGACCUUCAUCAACUCUGGAAUCAAUCUGCUGGAAGAACAACAGACAAAUUCCAAGUGGUCUAAAUUAUUUACUAAUCUAAAACAACUUCAGGACUCUAGUGAAAAAUCUCUCCACCAGAGUGCUGUGAACAAGGCCUUACAGAGUCCAAAUGGACACCUGGACUUGUUCCUCCGCUUCCUCCUGGGUCUUUCACUGCAGACCAAUCAGACUCUCCUACGAGAUCUUCUGACACAGACAGGAAGUAGCUCACAGAACAAUCAGGAAACAGUCCAGUACAUCAAGGAGAAGCUCAAUGAGAAUCUGUCUGCAGAGAAAAGCAUCAACCUGUUCCACUGUCUGAAUGAACUGAAUGAUCGUUCUCUAGUGGAGGAGAUCCGACAGUCCCUGAGUUCAGGAAGUCUCUCCAAAGAUAAACUGUCUCCUGCUCAGUGGUCAGCUCUGGUCUUCAUCUUACUGUCUUCAGAAGAAGAUCUGGAUGUGUUUGACCUGAAGAAAUACUCUGCUUCAGAGGAGGCUCUGCUGAGGCUGCUGUCAGUGGUCAAAGCCUCCAACAAAGCUCUGUAA